AUGAAUAAUUAACAAACAAUUUCAAAUAACUCCAAGUAAGAACAAUAACCUGAAGAGGAAUCUUAUGAUGAAGAAGAUGAUGAAGAUUUAUAAGAGUAUACUCAAACAACUAAUCUAAAAUAAUUGUUCAAAAACUAGGGUAUUUUCAAAAAAUCUAAAAUUAUUAGAUUCUUUCAUGCAGCAAAUUAAUAUUUUGAAUGAAUAGGCUACUGUUAAAAUUAAACAAUAAAAACAUAAAGAAGCAUUGAAAUUAUUAUAAUAAUCUGAACAAAUGUUAGAAGUAUCAUUAAAUAUAUAUAUAUUUAAGUUUGCUGCCAGUUGCGGUAGAGUCAUCGAUAGAAAUUUAAUCAUUAUUAUCUUAUAUAAUUAAGCAUGUGCAUAUCAAUGGUAUAGUUAUCUUUAUUAUUACAGUUAAUGGAUAUUAGAUAAAUGCUCUAAGUAUUUAGAUGGAGUUAUUUACAAUAUGGAAAUUGGUAUUAAAGAAGAUGAACAAGAUUUGUAGACUCUUUCAAAUGUACAAGAGAAACAAGCAUAACUUAUUAAGAGAUAAGCAUUUCUAGUUAAAGCUUAUUUACAAUAUACUGCAAUACUAAGUUAAUUAGGAAAGUAAUUUAGAAUAAAUAUAUAGACAUAAGUAAGCUUUACUUAAUUCUUAAAAAGCAGCUCAAACUAUGAGAGAGUUAUUUAAGAUAGCCAAUUCUUUUUGUUAGUAAUGGCUUCAAAUUAAUGGUUCUUAAGGGACUGCUACUACUACAUCAUAAUCUAAUGUAUCUGUUAGAAGUAAGUUAUUUUUUUAAAUAAUAAAGAUGAAUCUUCUCAUAAUUUAGAUAAAAAGAAGAAAAGCUAAACUUAUUAACUCAAAGAUGAAAUUGAAUUAGGUAGGUUUGUCAUUGAUAGUGCAUAAGAUGUUUUAAAAGAUAUGAUUAAAUAAGAGGACAUAUCCUCUAUUCGUUUAGAUCAAAAAUAAUUACUAAAAGAAACAAAACGUUAAUUAUAUAAUUGGAGAAACAAACCAGAUAAUAAUGAAAAAUCAAAUAGAAAAGAAUUAAAAUUAGUGACUUAAAAUGAAGAAUAUCAAUCUUUGUUGGGUAUUCAAAAUUUGGCUGAAUGGAUUAAAAAUUUUAAUAUUGGAUCUAUUAUGCAUAUGGCACCUUAAAUUUAUGAAGAUUUCACUUAAUUUGGGGAAAUGAUUUUUGAAUUAGCAAAAAGAUAACUAUUAGAAAAAGUAAUCUAUCUUUCAAUCUCAUAUUUUACAAUUGCAACAGAAUUGAGAUUUGUUGAAUUAGAAAAAGCAAAAAAACAUGGUGUUAAAGAUGAUAAAAUUGAUACUGAAGAAUUUAAACUUAGUGAGUUAUACCAUCUUAAAUCUAUUGAAAUUGCUUGUAGACAUAUUACCUAUUAAUCUCCAUAUAUUUCUCAUCUAAUUACUAGCUAUCAUAAACAUUAUAAUAUGAAUCUAGAUGUUAUUAGAGAAGAAUCUUUAUAAUCAACAGCUUCUGAAAAGAUAAUAGAAGAAUAAGAGUAAUCUAAUGUUAAAGGAAAGAUGUUAUAAAUUUAAAUUAAUAAAGAGAUUACAAAUACUAAAUUUGAAAAAUAAGAUCAAUCUCCAAAACUUACAGGUAAUUUCAUUAAAUCAUUUCUUAAUUCCAGAUCACCUCCAAAAUAGUCUUAAUAAUAAUCAGUUAAAAAUCUUAUUAGUGAAACUGUUAAAAUAUAAACCAAUCUAUUAGAAUAAAUGAUUAAUAAAAAAAGAGGAUCUGACUCCUCUCCUACUAAUUAAAGGAACUCAAUAAAAUAAUAAAAUUAAGCAGAUUUUGAUUUCAGUAUUUAUUUAAAAAAACAAUCUAAUCCUUGCAACAGUAGUAAUAUAAAUACUGAUACUACAUAAGAUAAUAUUAACAGUGUUAUGACUAUUUAAUUAUAACCAUAUAAGAAUAAUAAUAUCAAAAAUAAUCUAAAUAAUAUGAUUAAAUAAUCAAGUCCAACUAAUAAUACAUAGUUAAAGACUUUACUUUCAGAUGCAUGUAGAACAGAAAGAUAAGUAAUGACUGAAUAAUAGAAUUCUUACACUCCUAUUAGUUAUAGAGUUAAUAACAGAUCUCCUGAUUCAUCAUAUCUAAAUGCCUAAAAACAACGUCAACAAUAACUGCAUUAAAAUAAAACUCCUUAAAAUAGACCAAGAACAAACACUGAAUAACAAUACCUAUAACCAUGUAUUUAUUUAUUUUAUAUGUAGCCUUUCCAUUAAAAUUGGAAACAAUUCAGCAGUUAUUAAGAAAUAAAGCAAUUAAUAAUCCUAAAAUAAAAUGA